AUGCUCGAUGGCCACGGUAGGGAGAAUUAUACACUCCUAGUCAAUGCCCAUGAGUUGUACCUCCAGGGAUAUCUCGACCAGGAACGAGCUCGGACCGAUGGAACAUUCGCCCAAGCGGUAGCUGAUGGUGUGUCACGCAUGCCCGCUGCAAUGUCCCUCUUCAUUGGCAAUUAUAAUGAAGAGCGCACUUGGUUAUACAGCGAUGCCGAUUCCUUCACCCAGGCCAUGGGGACGCCCACUCGACUUACCAAUUACAUGGUCCAGCCGAUGGACUGGGAGGAAGCAGACGAGAACGGCCUCAGUUACCAACCGUUUGUUGAGGUAGUCGGGCAAGUCACAUCGGCUAUUUGCAAAACGGGAGUCAUGUUGACAGACAUCGACUAUCGCAUUGCACCCGUCGGCGAUGUCUCGCAUUAUUGCGGGGAUCUACAAGACAUCAACGACCUCAGUAUCGCUAUGCGACAACUCAAGAAAUUCACAUUUCGGCCCUCUCCUCUUCGCAGUCGCAGCCCUAACUUCAGCUCGUGGGACAUUUUCCAGUGGGAACACCUCAGGUGUUUCUUGGAAGCCUUCAUCGACAACAACUCGAUCGAAAGCAUUGAUAUAAACUUACAAUUCUUCUGGCAGGGAGCGACACAAGUACCGCCAGGCUCGAGCCCUGGAAGCCUACUCCUAACUAGGAAGUGGCCGCGACUUCGCAAGUUCUUUUUCGAGGGCCCACUCCAUCUAGAAGAGCUCCGGAGGUUCCUUGCGGGGGUCCAGCAGAGGGUGACACUCCAAUUGUCAAGAGUCAGCGUGCUGAGCGGCUUAUGGGUGGAUGUUCUUGACACUAUGCGUACCUAUAACCAGCACUUGAGACGCUUUUCCAAAAUCACGAGUCCCCGUGGGGCGGAUUCCAGACUCUUUCGUAUGAGCGAAUUUCUGAACUCUUUCACGGUCACGACAGUCCAGGCGCCAAGUAUAUUCACAGAAUUCUGCCCUCCAACCAUCUCAGGGAACCGGGCUGGGAAACGGAAACUUCAAGUAGCACUUGAGGGGGUGGGUCGUCUACCUACGGCCUACGACGCCGACAUGGAGGGCCUGAUGGUCACGGCGGUAUCAGAACCCAACCACUGA